AUGGCUCACCUCCCACCCUCAACCGCCAUCUUCUCGCCGUCAAUAGCUCGCAUCGCCGCCUCCACCGCCAAAGACUGGAGUUACGUCGACAGCUGGCUUCUCUUGAAAUACCAGGGUCGCCCGGUUCCUGCAUUUGAGCGCAACCCCGAGACGCUGAAAGCCCUCCUCGCGCUUGCCAACUCAAACGAGACAGCCGACGAGGAGCGCGAGCUAGUCGCCCGGGCCGAAGCUACCAUCGUUCAGGAAGUUUCUGCGGUGCAACGUCAGUCCGAUCCCAACUCAGAAUUACCGACUCCUGCCGACGUUCGGGAGAGGAUACUCGGCGCCAUUCAGGAUCACCUUACCCGAGAAGGACAGACCGCCCUCAACUCCAUGGCAACGUUGUCAUGUCAGCUCUCCGUCGCCUAUCCAGAUGCCGAGACCCUCGGCCGCUCCAUGAUCGCCCUGCACGCCGAAACAUCGGAACUGGAACAGAUGAGGGGUCGCGUGCACGUCCUUGAAGCGUACAUUGAACAGGAGUCAGCCUCGGCCAACGACUUGCUGCAAAUCUUACGAAGUGACGACUACAAGCCCGCCAAUGACUUAGCCCGCCAGAAUCUGGACAUGCAAAGGAAGAUCAAAGCCAUGGCCGCACGCAUCCCUGAACACAAGGAUCGCGUAUAUAGCCUUAAUAAGUGCCACAAUGCUUCUUAUAACACGAUAGAGAAAAUCGUUCAGGACGAGGCCGACUAUCUCAACCUCCUUGCCCAAAAGAAAGGUUUGGACGCAGAAGUCGACCAAUUCUCCGGCCUCCCCGACGAUUUGAAAACGGCCAGGGCCGAGCUUGAGCAUCUUCGAGCAGAGGUACGCGCCAUCACACAGCACCGCGACGCCAUCUUCGAGGGGCUUGUUGAGCGUGAAAGUCCUCGCAAGGGCCGUUGA